AUGAGCGAGGCCAUUCGAGACGAGGUAGGACGCGCUUCAUUUGGUCUAGUCCUCUUCUGGGGCGACCCUUCGGGACCCCACGAGAGAACUAUCGACUGGGUCUUGAAGAAAAUUAGUGCCCAGCUCAGAGGCUACUGUAUCGAGACAGCAGGCCAGAGCAACACCGAGCUCGAGACUUCCUCUGGUACCUCUGGGAACGAAAGCGUUCCCAGGCUCUUCGAGGAGGUUCGUCGAUGGGCACAGGCUGGACACAACGCCAUCGGCUGCAAGAUCUGGCACUCGGACGAUGCUGGCUUUUCGGUGCUCAUCUUAGUUCAAGAGCAGGAGCGGACCGACUUCGACCAUGCGACUGAAGCGAUUUCGUACUACCACCCUCAGCACCCUUCUGGAACCAUUCGCGCCACCCGCAUGGUCACCCAGAACAAGGAGCCAGACGCGAGCUUCCUCGACAGCCGACGCGUCAUUAUGACUGCGGUUGAGGUUGCUUGGCGCAAUGAGAGCCUAUCCAAGCUCCUCGAUGAGCUUCACCGGUGGUCUCAGUCUGGACGGAACGGCAUCGGCUUCAAGCUCUGGCUGUCCAAGGUUGCUGGCGCCUCGAUACUGAGCAGGAGCGUGGUUAUCGAGUGCCACACACCGGCCGUCGUCCUGCCAGCCGCCUGGUUCUGUCUGGACAGCGGUUUCGAAGAGCUGUCAGAACGACCACCUCGUCCUGUGAUCUGGUCUCUAUCCGAGCUGGCAUUGCUUCUGCCCAUCCUCAAGACUGAAGACGAUGCGGAAGGUCUGCCGGCCGAAGAAGCAAACCCCGUCCUGGAUGAGUUGGAGGCCAAUCGUCAGAGGAUGGAGUUCCUCUACGCACAGGCCGAGGUCGACGACCUCGUCGUUGCCGAGGGUCUCGCAGAGGAGGUCAGGGAAGAGCUUCUGCAACCCCUGCGUGACAGAUUGGCGCUCAAGAGGAGGCGUUGGGAACGGGUGGAUAUGGCGCGUCGGCUCGGACCCUGAGCGGUUAGGGUGCUCCCUGCUCCAUCUUGUCCCCCCACUUGUCGUUGUUCCGGAGUCACCUCUCAAGAUCAUUGCUCGCUCUGUGUCGGAACGCAAGCCAUCGGACUCAAGAUUUGCACUCCUCAGAUGGUGGGGCCCAUUGUCGUCUUGCUCUUUGAUCUCUAUUGCCCUCCCUCCGCCCCAGUUCAAAUUGAAUCGAAUAUGUACCAAGGCCGACGCUUUGUGACUGGACUUCCCCUCUCGGCUCUCCACGGAGAUCGGCUCAAACAUAUCCUUUCGCUCGUUUCAAAUCAAAUGGGGACACCGAGUGUCUCAUCGCGAUUACUGAAUGUCUUGUGCGACCGUCGAAUUGGUCUUGUGUUUCAACGCACUAUA